AUGGUCUCUGACCAAGAUGGCAACCCCAUUGGCAAGCUUGCUGAGGGUGAUGCUGAGGAUCUUGCUGGCUACCCAAUUGGCGAUGACGGCGAAAUUCUCGAUGAUGAUGGCGAUCUCGUCGGACGUGUCGAGCUUCUUCCCGAGCAGGUCAAGAAGCAGAUGGCCGACCUCAAGAGCAAGGGUGAACUCCCCAAGGGUGCUGAAAACUUCGUCGGCGACCUUCCCGAUACCGAUGAUGUUGAGAAGCCCAACCUCAGCAUCUUCAAGGGUCUCACCUGCGACCCCACUGGUAACAUCUUCAACGACGAGGGUGACACUAUCGGUCAGGUCACCGACGGCGACCCGCAAGAGCUCAUGAAUGCCACUCUGAACGAGUACGGCGAGUUCAUCGAUGAUGACGGCAAUGUCAUUGGCCAUGCCGACGUCCACCCCGAUGCACCAGAGGACAUCUACGACCAAAUCCAGCAGGCUGCUGACGAUGCUCAAGAUGCCGCCGAAGAUACUGGCGAUGCGGCUGACAAAGUCGACCAGGCUGCUGACAAGGCCGAUGACGCUGCCGACAAGGUCGACGACGCUGCCGAUGAUGUCAAGGAUGCAGCUCAGGACAUCGAGGACGAGCUCCCUGGCAUUGAGGCCCUGCAAGGCAGAGAACUCAACGAAGCCGGUGAAGUUGUUGACGACCAAGGCGAGGUUCUUGGCCAGAUCGACGACGAUUCCCUCAAGGAGAAGCUCGAGUCUGGCGAACUCAAGGCCGAAGACCUCAAGAUCAACGAGGAUGGCGAAGUCGUCGACGCUGACGACAACGUCCUCGGCAAGGUUGGUCUCGCAGAAGGCGCCGCCGAAAAGCUUGGUGGUCGUCUUCCUUCCCUCGACCUCCGCAUUCUUGAUGGCAGAAAGGUCAACAAGAAGGGCAAGAUCCUUGACGAUGAAGGUGACGAGAUCGGCGAGCUCUCUGAGGGCGAUCCCAAGGAGUGCGCCGGCAAGAAGGUUAACGACAAGGGUGAGGUUCUUGACCAGAAUGGCAAGGUCAUUGGUAAGGUCUCCGUCGUUCCUGGCGAGGCUGCUGAGAACGCUACCAAGGAACUUCAGACCGAGCUUGGUGAGAACGUUCCUGAUGAGGAGCAGGGUGAGGAUGAGGAGCAAGCUGAUGAGGAAGAAGAGCCUCAAGGUCCUCAGUUCAAGAUCCCUGACCUCGACGUCCUCGAAGGCCUCAAGGUCAACAAGAAGGGCAAGAUCCUCAACGAAGAUGGUGAGGAGAUUGGCGAACUUACCUCUGGCGAACUCAGCGAAUGCGCUGGCAAGAAGGUCAACGACAAGGGUGAGGUCCUCGACGAAGAGGGCAACACCAUUGGCCGCGUCAAGGCUCUGCCUCAAGAGGUUCCCCAGGAGGAGCUCGAACAAGCCGAGGAGGCUGCCGACAAGGCUGAAGAUGCUCAAGACGCUGCAGAAGAUGCCGCCGAAGAUGCAGAGAACGCUGAGGAGGGCGCCGAGGGUGCUGAGGAGGGUGCCGAGGGUGCUGAGGAAGGCGCCGAGGACGCUGCCGAAGACGCCGAGUCCAACCUACCUCCUCUGUCUGUCCUUGAGGGUCUGACGGUCAACAAGUCUGGCAACAUUGUCGACUCCAACGGUACUGUCGUCGGUGAGCUUACCGAAGGUGACGCCAAGAAGCUCUCGAAGUCCGGUGUCAAGUGCGAUGACCAAGGUCAGUUCUGGGAUGACAAGGGGCAUGUCAUUGGCCGUGCCAAGACUGUCCCUCUCGAGGAAGACGAGGAGUCUCCUUUCGCUGGUCUCGAUGGCCUGAUUGUCGUCAAGGACGGUUGGGUCGAGGAUGAGAACGGCAACCGCGUUGGUCAGCUCGUCGAGGGCGAUGCCAAGAAGCUUGUCGGUCGUGCUGUCGAUGAGGACGGUGAUAUUCUCGACAAGAAGGGUUCAGUCGUUGGUCACGCCGAACGCUACGAGGACCCCGAUCAGGAGCCCGAGCCUGAAGAGGAACCCGUCGACCUUUCUUCACUCAAUGGCAAGACCUUGAACAAGGCUGGCUUCGUCAUUGGCGAUGAAGGUGUACCUGUCGCUCGCCUGGUCGAGGGCAAGGCCAAGGAACUCGCUGGCAAGAAGCUCGAUGACCAAGGUCAGAUCUGGAACGACUCAGGCAAGGUCAUUGGCCGCGUCGAGAUGAUCCCCGAGGAUGAGCGCGAGUCCAAGCCUGAUGGUCCUUUCGCUGGUCUCCAAGGUCUUCGCGUUGUUGCUGACGGCAAGGUCGCCGACGAGGACGAGAACAUCGUUGGUGAGAUUACUGAGGGCAACGCUAAGCGCCUGAUCGGUCUUGCUGUCGACGAGGAUGGCGAUGUCAUGGACAGAUAUGGCAACGUCAAGGGCCAUGCCGAACCUCUUGCAGAGGAGGAGGAGGAAGGUCCCGUCGACAACUCCCUGCUCAGUGGCAAGAAGCUGAACAAGCAAGGAUUCGUUGUUGACGAGAAGGGUAUUCCUGUUGGUAAGCUCCUCGAAGGCAACGUUAAGGAGCUUGCUGGCCGUCUUUGCGACGAGAACGGUGACAUCCACAACGACACUGGAAAGGUUGUCGGACACUGCGAAGUUCUUCCUGAGAACGAGCGUGUCUCCAGAGCCGAGGGUCCCUUCGCUGGCCAUGAGGGUCUUCGUGUCAACAAGGAGGGUUUCGUUGUUGAUUCCGAGGACAACGUUGUCGGAAAGGUCACCGAAGGUGAUGUGAAGAAGCUUGUCGGCCUCCAGGUUGACGAGGAUGGUGACAUCAACGACAAGUACGGCAACGCAAAGGGCCACGCUGAGCCUUACGAAGAAGAGGAAGCUGCCCCUGUCGACAACUCGAUCCUCGAUGGCAAGAAGCUGAACAAGCAAGGAUUCGUCGUCAACGAAGAUGGCAUUCCCCUUGGUAAGCUUGUCGAAGGUAAUGUCAAGGAGCUUGCCGGUCGCCGCUGCGACGAAGAAGGCAAGAUCCAUGGCGAUACCGGCAAGGUCGUUGGUCGUUGUGAGAUUCUCCCUGAGAACGAACGUGUUGCUAGACCUGAGGGUCCCUUCGCCGGACUCGAAGGCCUCCACGUCAACAAGGAGGGUUACGUUGAGGAUGCCGAGGGUAACCGUGUCGGUAUCAUCACCGAAGGCAACGUCAAGCGUCUCGUAGGCCUUUCUGUCGAUGAGGAUGGUGACAUCAGCGACAAAUACGGAAACACCAAGGGCCACGCUGAGCCUUGGGAGGAAGAGGAACAGACCGCCGAAGACCUCUCCGCCCUUGCUGGCUGCACUGUCAACAAGGCUGGUAACGUCGUCGACUCUUCCGGUACUAUCAUUGGACGUGUCUCCGAAGGCGACCCAUCUACCAUGGUCGGCAAGAAGGUCGAUGGUCAGGGCCAGAUCUGGGACAACGCCGGAAAUGUCAUUGGCAAGGCCGAGCUCGCCAAGGGCGCCGACACCAAGGCUGAAGGACCUUUCGCUGGGUUCGACAGCAUCACUGUCAACAAGGAGGGAUACGUUGUUACUCCUGAUGGUGGCAUCGUUGGCCGCGUUACCGAAGGCGACGUCAAGAAGCUUGUCGCUCACAAGGUCGACGAAGAUGGUGAAAUCCAAGACAAGAACGGUAACCUCAUCGGUAAGGCCGAGAGAUGGGAGCCUGAAGAGAAGGAGAGAAAGAUCAACCCCAUGUCCGGUCGCCGUGUCAACAAGGAGGGUGAAGUCCGUGACGAGAACGGCGAUGUCAUGGGCAGACUUACCGCUGGUGACCUCGGACACUGCGUCGGUCUUGAGGUUGAUGACAAUGGAUACGUCGUUGACAAUGAUGGCAACAAGGUCGGUGAGGUCACUCUCAUCGGAAACAUCAUUGAAGACGAGGAGAUUCCUGAGGAGGAGCUCACCGAGGAAGAGAAGGAAGAGCGCCGCAAGAGAGAGGAGGAACGCCAGAUCGCUGAGAAGAUGGGCACCAUCUGCACUCAGACACUCGAGAGAGUCCAGCCCAUCUGCAAGCAGAUCACCGAUGUAAGUGCUUACCUAUUCCACUGCCUCACUGGAACCAUUACUGACCUACCGUUUCUCUACAGCACAUCGAAGCCGCCGACCGUACCCCACGUGAAGAGUUGGACGAGGAAGAUUUGGUCAACAAGGUUAAGCCUCUUAUCGAAGAGGGUGGUCGUAUCCUGCAAGAAUGCAACGGCUCUCUGCGUGGCCUCGACCCCGACGGUCACAUCGCCGCUCAAGCCAAGGGCCGUGCCGGCACCAAGGAGGCCACUCCCGAGGAGUACCGCCUGGCCGAUACUCUCAAGGAGUUGA